GGUACGGCUUCUGGGAGGAGCCGGGUACUGGGGAGGGGCGGAUGUAGCCACGGUGCGCCUGGAGGGUGAUUGCGUGAUGACACCUGGGGUCGGGAAGUCGGGGAGCGGAGGGUGAGGGCGCCAGACCCAGUGGAGAUGGGGGUAUCAGCGACUUCCCGCCCCUCAGGAACCGCUGCCAUGGCUGUAGGCAAUAUCAACGAGCUGCCCGAGAACAUUCUCCUGGAGCUGUUCACGCACGUCCCCGCCCGCCAGCUGCUGCUGCGAUGCAGACCUGUCUGCAGCCUGUGGCGAGACCUCAUUGACCUGGUGACUCUGUGGAAGCGCAAGUGCCUCCGAGAGGGCUUCAUCACCGAGGACUGGGACCAGCCCGUGGCUGACUGGAAGAUCUUCUACUUCCUGCGCAGCCUCCGAAGGAACCUCCUUCACAACCCAUGUGCAGAAGAGGGAUUUGAGUUCUGGAGCCUGGACGUGAACGGAGGUGACGAGUGGAAGGUGGAGGACCUCUCCAAAGACCAGCGGAAGGAAUUCCCCAAUGACCAGGUCAAGAAAUACUUCGUGACUUCCUAUUACACCUGCCUCAAGUCCCAGGUGGUGGACCUCAAGGCUGAAGGGUAUUGGGAGGAGCUGAUGGACGCCACCCGACCGGACAUCGAGGUCAAAGACUGGUUCGCAGCCAGACCAGACUGCGGGUCCAAGUACCAGCUGUGCGUUCAGCUUCUGUCGUCGGCACACGCGCCGCUGGGAACCUUCCAGCCAGACCCGGUAACGAUCCAGCAGAAGAGCGACGCCAAGUGGAGGGAGAUUUCGCACACAUUCUCCAACUAUCCUCCCGGCGUCCGCUACAUCUGGUUUCAGCACGGAGGCGUGGACACUCACUACUGGGCCGGCUGGUACGGCCCGAGAGUCACCAACAGCAGCAUCAUCAUCGGGCCCCCGCUGCCCUGAUGCCCUCUGAGCCCCUGUCCUCGGAGCCCUAAUUGGUAAACAGCUGUCAGAAAGAGCCAGGUUUGGGAAGGAGGAGGUGGAAGGCAGGUAUUUCCAGAUCUUGUUUGUCUUUGUCCUCCAGCUGCCUCCUCUGUGUAGAGCUUCUAGUGUCUGGGUCACUCCUCUCUGCAGACGCUGGCCCUCCAGCAAGGUCACCACUCUAAGGGUUGCAGGUUGGGUGGAUGCAAGAGGUUUCCAUAGUCAUCAGAGGGAGAUCCCCAAGCUCAGAUGCUCGCCCAGACCUGUCUCUUCGCACGACCUUUGUUCUCCUUCUGGGCCCUUAGAGGGACAAGCAAGCCAUCUGGCAGGUUUGGGGACUGCUUUUGAUGGUGUAGACCUUGGGGGCAGAUCUGGGAUAGAGGGUGGCCCUGCUCCCAGACCUCAGCCUGGUUGUCUGCUGCAGCUUUUGUCUUGGUCUUCCUUGCUUUAGCUUGGAAGUCAGGCCUGGUGCCAGAUAGGCAGGUAAGAUCAGACUGUCUUUGUCAUCACCAAAGCCCAGAAAGCCAGGGGGGUACCAGUGAGUGCCAGGGCUCCCCAGAAUGCCUAUGGAACCCCACUCAGGAUGGGGGGCAGGAUGGGCCUGGAAUCUGACAGUUGGAACAGGGAAACAGAGUAGAAGGGCCUGGGCCAAGUUCUCUGUGGCUUGGAGAUGUCCCAGCCCCAACUGUAGGAGCUUCCAAUCCCACACUGUGCCCUGACCCCAGCUCCACUCCACCCCUCCUACUGCACAGCCAAAUAAAGCAUUUCCCAGUC